AUGAUCACCAACGAUCCACUAAUCUCAUGGAAUGCUUCCUUCCAUUUCUGUGAUUGGAGUGGUGUUUCAUGUGGGAAGCGCCACAGAAGAGUCAUUGAUGUAUCGUUGGAGUCGCAAGGGCUAGAAGGCUCGUUGUCUCCUUAUGUAGGGAACCUCAGCUUCCUUCGUUUCUUUUCUCUUUGGAACAACAGCUUUCAAGGAACCAUCCCUCAUGAAAUUGGUCGUCUCUCCAGGCUACAAGACCUCUCUCUUGACUACAACAAAUUCAACGGACUCAUUCCAACCAACCUGUCCCGUUGUUCUAAACUUGAAAACCUUGGAGUUGGUGAUAACAAGCUAGUUGGAAGCAUACCCAAAGAGAUCAGUUUUCUCUCCAAACUUACUUUUUUUUAUGCUAGUACAAACAAGUUAACAGGUGGGAUCCCUCCUGUCUUGGGGAAUAUAACAUCAAUGAAACUGUUCUCUGCUUCUGAAAAUUCGUUUGGAGGGAGCAUUCCAAACACCUUAGGCCAUUGGAAAAGCUUAACAGAUUUUUACUGUGAAGAUUGUAACUUACAUGGAACCAUUCCUCAUGAACUGGGUCGUCUCUCUAGACUACGUUUCCUCUAUCUUGGUUCUAACGAAUUCAACGGAGUCAUUCCAGCUAACCUGUCUGCUUGUUCUAACCUUGUAGUGCUUGAACUUUCUGAUAACAAGCUAGUUGGAAGCAUACCCAAAGAGAUCAGUUUCCUCUCCAAACUUACUUAUCUUUCAGUUUAUGAUAAUAAGUUAACCGGUGGAAUCCCGCCUGUCUUGGGGAAUAUAACAUCAAUGGAAGCGUUCUUUGUUGCUGAAAAUCCGUUGGGUGGGAGCAUUCCAGACACCUUAGGCCAGUGGAAAAGCUUAACACAACUUUACCUUGGUGCUUGUAACUUAUCUGGAACCAUCCCUCAUUCCAUUUAUAACCUUUCACUCCUAGCUAAUAUUUCCUUGGCUGAGAAUCAGCUUACUGGUAGUCUUCCCUCUUCAUUUGGUGAAAUGCUCCCUCAUCUUGAGCUCCUUCAGUUACGGAAUAACCAACUGACCGGACCUCUUCCACCCUCGUUAUCUAACUGUUCGAAACUUAGGUUUCUUGAAGUGAACUACAACAAUUUUAGUGGGAAGCUGAAAAUUGACUUUGCAAAACUAAAGGAUAUAUAUUUUGUAUCCUUGGGUAAUAACAUCUAUGGAUUUGGAGAAGCAGACGAUAUGAAGUUUAUUGAUACUUUUAAGAACUGCAGCAGAAUAAAGGUGUUACAUCUUAGUAACUGCAAUUUUCAAGGAGUGCUGCCCACAUCAAUUGGUAAUCUUUCUGAUCAAAUAAGUAUUCUAACUUUAGAUAGAAAUGAUUUUCAUGGAAACCUCCCUUCAAGUAUAGGUAAUCUGGUCGGCUUGAUCGGUUUCUCUUUAACAGAAAACCGAUUUACAGGGAAAAUCCCCUCCACCAUUGGUAAGCUUCAAAACCUACAAGAAGCUUACCUAUAUAAGAACCAAUUUUCAGGGCCAAUUCCAGAUGCCAUCGGGAACUUAUCAUUGUUGACUGGCCUUUGGUUAAAUUCCAACAGAUUGGAAGGACAUAUUCCAUCAAGCCUGGGAAAUUGUCAUCAUCUAUUGGAGUUGCACCUUGAUGAUAAUAAACUCAGUGGAAAAAUACCUACUCAACUUCUUCAACUUACAUCUCUAACCAUCAGACUAAAUCUUUCUCAAAACAACCUGUCUGGGUCACUUCCAGUAGAGGUUGGCGACCUCAAGAUGUUGACUUAUUUGGAUUUAUCUGAUAACAAUUUAUCAGGAGACAUUCCUAGUAGCAUUGGUGGUUGUACUAGCCUUUUAUUCUUAUCCCUCAAAGGCAACACAUUUCAAGGCAUGGUACCACCGUCAUUAAGUUUCAUGAAAGGAGUUUCGACCCUCGAUCUUUCGCAUAAUAAUUUAUCGGGCCAAUUUCCUCAAUUCUUGGAACAGUUGAUCUUAUUAAAAUAUGUAAACCUGUCCUUUAAUGACUUUGAGGGCGAUGUACCGGUGGUCGGAGUGUUUGCCAAUGCAAGUGCAUUCUCUGUUUCCGGGAAUAGUAGGCUUUGUGGUGGCUUGACUGAACUUGGGUUGCUCAAAUGCAAUACAAAAAAACAUAAGAAAAGGUUUCCUUUGUUCGAAAUAGUCAUUUUGAUUCCAUUCACACUUUUCAGCAUAUUAUGUAUUGUGUAUGCUUCAUGUAAGAAAAGGAAGGGCCAAGCAUCUCACUCUCAAUCAUUGAGGGACAAACGAUUCAUGCAAGUCUCACACAGUCAACUUCUCAAGGCUACCAAUGGCUUCUCUGAAGCCAAUUUGAUUGGUGAGGGUGGAUUCAGCUCUGUUUACAAAGGGAUCCUUAAUCGCGAUGAUAGAUUUGUUGCAGUCAAAGUUAUACAUCUUCAAAACCAUGGUGCUCACAAAAGCUUUAUAGUGGAGUGUGAAGCAUGGAGGAGUAUUCGUCACCGGAAUCUAUUGAAGAUAAUAACUUCAUGUUCAAGUGUUGAUUUUCAAGGCAAUGACUUCAAAGCUUUAGUAUAUGAGUUCAUGCCCAAUGGGAGCUUACAUGAUUGGUUGCAUUCAAGUGUAAGUAAAUCAAGACUGAAUCUUCUUCAAAGAAUAAAUAUUCUCAUUGAUAUUGCAUCUGCACUUGAUUAUCUUCACAAUCACUGUCUGCCAACCAUCGUUCACUGUGACCUGAAGCCUAGCAACGUUCUACUUGAUGAUGAUAUGGUGGCCCAUGUUGGAGAUUUUGGCUUAGCUCAAUUUCCUGGAACAAAUUCAAACCAAAAGAACACAAGUGGCAUUAGGGGAACAAUUGGAUAUGCACCUCCAGAGUAUGGUGUCGGGAAUGAGAUGACAAGUAGUGGGGAUGUGUAUAGUUUUGGAAUACUACUAUUGGAAGUGAUGACAGGAAAAAGGCCUACAGACAACAUCUUUACUGAAGGUCUAAACCUUCAUAAGUUUGCGUGCAUUGCCUUGCCACACUCUGUAACCAAAGUUAUUGAUGAUGACCUUCUGAAUAAGCUUCAAGAAGAUGCUACUUCUAAGCAAUAUACAUUAACAAAUGCAAAUAAGAUAGAGCAAUGCCUUGCUUCAAUUGUCAACAUAGGAGUAUCAUGCUCUGUGGAUUCCUCACAACGAAUGAAUAUCGCAAGUGUUGUCCAUGAGUUGCAACAUAUUCUGGAUAAGCUUCAAAAUAUUUGA